AAUUACAUUAGUAUAACUGUGUAUAGUAAACAUAUAAAAGUGCUCGUGACUUCCGUACACGUAAUGUUUAUAUCUGCUUCUGUUUGUCACCUGAGAGCUAACAGACUAACAGCUAACAGGCUGCUGACCGGUCACCGGGGAUCUGAGCCGGUUCACACCGGGACAACGACGCGGUGUCAGCGGACCCUGAUACCGCUGGUGGCCCUCCCCUCUCCCCGCUCCGUGUCUGUCUGGUUUAUUCCGUCCGUGAGUUGUGAGACUGCCGCUUAUCUCUGCGACUUUUGCCCCCUUUAUACCGCCGCUCGCCCGUUAGCCCGCCAGCUAACCAGCUGCCAUAAAGACGCUCCGCUCGCUGUGAAGCUAACUGACCGGGACCGUAGGCACCGCAGCGGGAUGUGCCAUGGCAUCGGUCCGGGUGGCUGUGCGGGUCCGGCCCAUGAACAGGCGGGAGAAGGACCUCACUGCAAAAACCAUCAUCAAGAUGGAAGGAACCAAGACCUCCAUCACCAACCUCAAGCUCCCCGACGGCGUCGCAGGAGACGUGAUGAGGGAUCGAACCAAAACCUUCACGUAUGACUUCUCCUACGACUCGACGGACUGUAAGAGCUCUGCCUUCGUCUCUCAGGAGAAGGUUUUCAAAGAUCUGGGCUCUGACGUGCUGAAGGCGGCCUUCGAGGGCUACAACGCCUGCGUGUUUGCCUACGGUCAGACCGGCUCAGGGAAGUCCUACACCAUGAUGGGAACCCCGGUGAGACGCUCUGUGGUGCUGGGCGAUGCCGGUCUAUCCCGAGGAUCUUGUGAAGGUCUGUUCAGUCGGAUCUCUGACGCCACACGAUGGGACGAAGCUUCAUUUCGCACAGAAGUCAGCUACCUGGAGAUCUACAACGAGAGAGUGAGAGACCUUCUGAGGAGGAAGUCCACGCAGACCUACAACCUGAGAGUCCGGGAGCAUCCGAAGGACGGACCCUAUGUAGAAGAUCUGUCCAAACACCUGGUGCAGAACUACAGCGACGUGGAGGAGCUGAUGGAGGCCGGAAACAUCAACCGAACCACCGGCACCGGCAUGAACGACGUCAGCAGCCGCUCCCACGCCAUCUUCACCAUCAACUUCACUCAGGCGAAGUUCGAUGCUGAGAUGCCGAGUGAAACGGUCAGUAAGAUCCACCUGGUGGACCUGGCCGGCAGCGAGCGCGACGCCACCGGAGCCACCGGCGUCCGGCUGAAGGAGGGAGGAAACAUCAACAAGUCUCUGGUCACUCUGGGAAACGACUCUUCCUCUUUCAGCGACAUGACGCAGGACGGCGUGAACACCAACCUGAAGAAGAAGUCGGUGUUCCCCUACAGAGACUCGGUGCUGACGUGGCUGCUGAAGGACAGUCUGGGUGGAAACUCGAGACCAUCAUGAUCGCCACCGUCUCCCGCUGAUGUGAACUACGGCGAGACGCUUAGCACUCUGCGCUACGCCAACCGAGCCAAGAACAUCAUCAACAAGCCCACCAUCAACGAGGACGCCAACGUCAGGCUGAUCAGGGAACUGCGGGCAGAGAUCGCCCGGCUGAAGGCUCUGCUGGUUCAGGGCAACCAGAUCGCUCUGCUGGAUUCGCCCACAGCUCUGAGUAUGGAGGAGAAGCUGCACCAGAAUGAAGCCAGAGUCCGGAGCUGGACUAAAGAGUGGACCAACAAAUGGAACGAGACUCAGAACGUUUUGCAGGAGGAGACUUUGGCUCUGAGGAAGGAGGGGAUCGGCGUGGUGUUGGACUCUGAGCUGCCUCACCUCAUCGGCAUCGACGAUGCGCUCAGCACCGGCAUCAUCCUGUACCACCUAAAGGAGGGUCGGACCUACGUGGGCCGAGGAGACGCCUCCACAGAGCAGGACAUCAUUCUUCACGGUUUGGACCUGGAGAGUGAACACUGCAUUGAGAACCAGAAUGGGAAGGUGACUCUGGUACCGCUGGGUGGAGCUCAGUGUUCGGUGAACGGAGUCCAGGUGACGGAGCCGUCGCAGCUCAACCAAGGUGCCGUUAUUCUGCUCGGUAGGACCAACAUGUUUCGCUUCAACCACCCGAAGGAGGCGGCCAAGCUGAGGGAGAAACGGAAAAGCGGCCUACUCUCCACCUUCAGCCUGUCCAUGACCGAUCUCUCCAAGUCCUGUGAGAACCUGUCCACCGUGAUGCUCUACAACCCAGGGUUGGAGUUUGAGAGGCAGCAGAGGGAGGAGUUGGAGAAACUGGAGCUGAAAAGGAGGCUGAUUACGGAGAUGGAGGCGAAGCAGCAGAGUGAGAAGGCUGAGCUGGAGCGCCUCCAGCAGGAGGUAGAGAGUCAACGCAAGGAGUCUGAGGAGGUGCAGCAGCGCAUCCUCCAUCAGGAGGAGAGCCUCCGCCGCCGCAGCCAGGACAUCGAGAGCCGCCUGCGGGACUUCCUGGCCGAGAAGGAGCGCUUCGAGGAGGAGAGGCGCUCUGAGAUCCAGGGCGUGGACCUCCAGCUCAGAGGGCGACGGAAACGGCAGCAGGAGGGCGAAGCAAAGGAGGAUGAGGAGCAGCGGCGGCAGCAGGAGGCCGCGGAGCAGACGGAGAUCUACCGCGAGCUGGAGAGACUGAAGAAGGAGCGUGAGGAGCAGAAGAUUCGUCUGGAGGCCGAACGGCGGCGACUGGAGGAGCAGGAACGGGAGCAGCUCAGCCUGGUGGGGAGGCUGGAGGAGCAGCUGAGGGACAAGCACGAGGCAGCCGCCGUCCUGCUGACCCGGGAGGAUGCCCGCCGUCUGGAGGAGGAGCGGCGAGCGCUGGCCGAGAUCAGAGAGGCGCUCCUCCGGGCCAAAGAGACUGCAGAGCGGCCAGACGUGGAAGACGCCGGCGAGGAGGCGAGAUCCGCCCAGACUCGAUACACGGACUUUAAGGCGGCUCAGGUGAAGGAGCUGGGCCAGCGAGAGGAGGAGCUCCGGCAGCAGAGGGAGCGUCUGGAGAAGGAGGUGGCUGCUGAGCGUAACGAGCUGCUGCUUCUCACCCACGGCCUCAAAGAACGGCAGCAGCAGCUGAAAGACGUGCAGGAGAAAGGGGUGCAGGACGCCUCCGCCGUCUGCCAGGAGGAGCAGCUGGUCAAACAGGCCGAACACCGGCUGCAGUUCAAGGAGCGACAGCUGGCCGACCUGGCCGAAGACCUCCUUCCAGCGCUGGCCGAGGAGAAGCAGCGGGCCGUGGAGAUGCUGGAGCGCAGCAGCGGAGGCAGCAACGGGAACUGCGACGGCCCACCAGGGCUGGACAACACUCUGUACCAGGUGGAGAAGGAGCUGGAGGACAAGGAGGAGAAGCUGAGCCUCCACUGGCACAGCGCCCAGCAGCUCCAGCAGCUCCAGGAGACCUACGAGUUCACAGCCAACGUGGCGCGACAGGAGGAGAAGGUCCGCCGGAAGGAGAAGGAGAUCCUGGAGUCCAAGGAUAAGCAGCAGAGGGAGGCGAUGGAGCAGGCGGUGGCCCGGCUGGAGAGGAGGCACUCAGCUCUGAGGCGCAGCGUCUCCCUGGAGCCCGACUCCGAGGAGCCGAGACCGAAGAGCUCAGUGUGCAGGAACCAGAGGACUGGGACCGAGCUGGACCAGCAGAGGGUGGAGCGGGAGAUCCAGAAACUGCGACAGAGGAUCAGCGAAGGAGAAGAAAACAACCGAACUCACUCCAUCAGCAACGACGACAAGUCUGGUCACAACAGCUCUCCGGUCAGCCACAUCCAGAGCCUCAACACGCUGCUGCCGCUGUCCGACGACAGGAUAAAUGCGUACAUCGAAGAGGAAGUCCAGAGACGCUUACGGAAGCUGAAUCUUCUGAAUGGCAGCAGCAACAUGGAUCUGUCUCUGUCCUGUGAAUCGCUCAGAGAUGAUGAAAAGCAGCAAAACAUGAAUCCAAGGAGGCUGAAAUAUGAGCACUUGGUGUCUCGUAAUCCUGCGACGAGCUGCGACGGCGUCCAGGAGCCCGUUAAAGUUAGCAUCCCUCGCUACGUUCUCCGCGGGCAGGGCAAGGACGAGCACUUUGAGUUCGAGGUGAAGAUCACUGUGAUGGAGGACUCGUGGACGGUGUUCAGACGCUACAGUCGCUUCCGGGAGAUGCACCGGAGCCUCAAGCUGAAGUAUCCGGAGCUGGCAGCUCUCGAGUUCCCGCCCAAGAAGCUGUUUGGAAACCGGGACGAGCGGAUGGUGGCCGAACGCCGCAGUCACCUGGAGCGGUACCUGAGGAACCUGUUCCGGGUGAUGCUGUCGUCCUCCAGCUCUCCUCUCAGAACCGACCGAGACGUUCGUCUGUCCAAACGGGACGUCUGUGAGUUCUCCCCGUUCUUCAAGAAAGGCGUCUUCGAGCACGGCAGCCAUGGAACCGGCUGACCGGAACCUUUUCCUUCAGGACAGUCUCCUCAGGUCAGUGUGAACUCACCAACGUCCCACCUGGACCAGAACCAGAGUCCAGAGGAAACCGAAUGGAUGCUGUGGUGUCCAACUGAACGCUGCUGCAGAACCCGCCAAACGUUAAAUAAAGGAAAAGGAACUCUUUAAAUCAUCUGCUGGAGUCCUUUCUCCUCCUCAUGUGUCGAGAUCUUCAGUUUUUCUUUAUUUAUUCUCGGUUAUCUGGACAUUUACGUUCACCAACGCCGAAUCAAAAAAGUUUUAAAUAAACCUCUGAACCUUAAACUGAUAAUGUGAGUCAAUGUGUAAAAAAAUCAUCCAGCGUUUUCUCAGUUCUUCUGACCCAGAGAGAAGCGUGUCUCCAGAUGGUCCUCGUUCCUUCUUCCAUCAUCUCUAAUAGUUCUGACCAACCACCUACAAACAUUGAAGUUCACCCAGAAUCACCUUUUUAAAAGUUCCUCUGGUGAAUGAUUAGAAACCAGAAACGCAUCCAGAGAACCAAUGAUUGUUUCUAGGAUGCUACACUACGAUACAUCCCAUAAUAAUGAUGAUCACAGCUGGUUAGAGAGAAAAUGAACAUAAAACAGAUCCAGUGUUCAGACUGAGACUAAUGGAUGGAUUUCAACUGAUCUGGUGUCAGUUUCUACCAGAACUCAGAUGUGUUUCUCCUCCUAAAUGUCAUGGUUCUAUCUGCUGGACUGAUGAAGUUCUGAGGCUCAGAAAUGAUGGAAAAGGUCCAUUAAGAAGUGAUAAAUCUGGACCACCUCUAUGGACUUCAAGGACCUGGAAUGUUCUAAGUGAGACUAAACUUAAAGACUGGAAGCAGGAAAGGAGAACGUCCCCUGGAGAGAGUUCUAGAGUAGACCUACCGACAACUGGAGAAAGUUCUAGAGUAGACCUACCGACAACUGGAGAAAGUUCUAGAGGAGACCUACUCUAGAACUUUUUCCAGGGGACGUUCUCCUCCAUGGACUUCAAGGACCUGGAACUCUGGAAAUAUUCCCAGUCUGAAGGUAGAAUUCUGAUCAUUGAUAAAGUUACUGGAGAUGAAGAACCAGAUGUUCUGAGGAGGUUUCAUAUUUGGUUGAUUUUAUAUAAAAUGACUCCCUGUGAAGAUGUGAUGUUUUCAGAAGCUCAAAAAGAUUCAUAAAAGCAAAAUCAGCCUCACAUGUUUUGUGUCUCUUUGUGCUUCAUGUAGAGUUCAACAUGAAGCAGCUCUGAACAUAGAACAUCAACAUCUAGACCUCUAUGAACUCCAGGUUCUGUUCCCACCAAUGAGUCCACAUCAACAUUUAGUCUAAACAUCUAAAAACCGGAUCCUUGUCUGGCAUCAGGUUCUACUGAUGUUAGAACCUCAGACGUUGGUGAAACGUCGACCAAAGACUGCGGUUGUCAUGACUGUAGGAGUUUCACUUGUGGACAAACUGAACCUCUUAAACAGCUUCUUGUGGUUCUUUGAGGACACGACGCAUGAAACUCUGAAUUCAGCCAAAGUGUUUGACAGAACGCCCAGACUGGAGGAUCUCUGUUGUCUCAUCUGAAGCCGAAGGUUCUUUGGUGACUUAUCUGGACUGUAAAUAUUUUUCUGUCUGUAAAGUUUGGACUCUGAGCAAAGACAAGAAGCAGAACCUUCAGAUGGUGUGGUCUGUUUUCUCUGUCUGCUGCUGAAGGAACAGCUGGACAUUUUGAAGAAUCUUCUGUUUCCAUGAGAUGACUCAGCUACAGGUUAGCUUAGCAUAAAGACUGGACACUGUUAGCAUGGUUCUGUGUUAAAAGAAUAAAUGCUUUUUACAAGAA